AUGGUGACGUCACUCCGAUAUCAUUUUGAGGACAAUUUUAAUUCCCGGGCAAGGCAAGGCAAGGCAGGACAGGGCACAGAGCAAAAGGGUACGUCUUGGGCCGGAUUUGAUUUUAUGACUAUUGUGACUAGGGAGGGGAGGUACUGUUAUUAUGGUAUGACGCUACUAUGGGCUCAUUUGAUUGGAAAGGAUGAGACGGCAGGUUUUGGAGAGGUGGUGAGGGAAUCAAAUAUAUAG